AUGGCGGCAUAUCCACCACUUCCCCCGACUAAUCUCCCCUCUCACCGUCCAUACUCUCGUCUCCCCGACCUCAUGACCCAUAAGCCGGGGGGCUACACCAUUCAACCUUUCACAUCUCAUGAUCUCCCUCGCGCCGCUCCGCCGUCCGCUCGGGUUCCCCUCACCCCCGACUCGAGCUCCUGCUCGUCGCCGCGCUCUCGUCGGGGCUCAAACGAGGCAGAUGAUGGUGUCCAUAUGCCUCCUAUGUCUAGCGGCGGUCCGUGGUUUCAAGGACCCCCUCACGCUCCAUUCCCACCGUCACUACCAUCCUUGCCGCCCAUGCUUGAUCGCUCUGGAGCCGUUCCUCGUCAUCUGGUCCAGCAGCAGAGACUCUCCCCUCUCGACACGACGUCCGGGUACCUUGUCUGUCGGACUUCUCAUUCCACCCUAUCGCUUCGAGACGAGUCCGAGAGCAUGUCCCCAGCCUCUCCGUCUACCAGCGUGCACACCUCCACCACGACCAGCGUCCGUUCCUCCCGCAAGCGCGGCCUCCCAAGCGAGUGCCAUCCUCCCCGCAGCAAACGCAAGCGGCCCACCGACCUCGACGGCCCCUCCCCCCCCUGCCCAGGCGACGAUGAGACCGACCCCGACGAGCCGACAUCGGGCGAAAAGAAGCGGCUGAACGAGAAGCAGAACCGCCGCGAGCUGACAGACGCCAUCGGCGGCAUCCAGACCACGCUGCUCGAGCAGGGCGUCCAGUUCGACAUCGAGUCGCUCCAGAACCACAACCAGCGCACCAGCGGCCUACGGUUCAAGAAGGUCGAGACCCUCACCCGCGCCCACAAGGCGAUCAUCCAGGGCAGUCGGCUGGCGGAGGCGAUCGAGGGGUUGAAAGAUCAGGGGGACGCGAAGGGGGGCAAGGGGCCGUCGACGCUACAGAGGCAGGCGUCAUGGAUGAGCGAGGAGCAUGUCGAUGACUUGAUUCGGGUCAUGCGAAGUCUGGCUGGGAAGACGCCGUCCGAUUGA